GGAAGUGAAAUGGCGGGAGCCUCAGCCUCUCCAUCCACCUCCCGGAAGCGGAAAUAGAAUCCCAGCGUGCCCCUUCCUCACUGCCCUCCAAAUCCCGCUGCAGCCAUUGCCGCAACCACGAUGCCGAAACGAAAGAAGCAGAAUCAGCAGCAGCCGCCACCACCGCAGCAGCCCCCGCUGCCAGAGCGGGAGGAGAUUGGAGACGAGGAGGAUGGGAGUCCUAUCGGACCACCCAGCCUUCUGGGCCCUCCCCCCAUGGCCAAUGGAAAGCCUGGUGACCCCAAGUCAGCCCCAAACUGGAAUCCACCCACAUGUCCACCAUCAGUAGAAUGGAUAAAUAAGUUGUUGUGUGUGCAUGCAAUGGGAUACUACACUGCAAUGAAAAUGAACGAACUCCUGCUACAGGCAACCUGGAUGAAUCUCACAAACACGAUGUUGAGCGAAAGGAGCCAGACAGAAAAGAAUGCAGACUCUCUUCACAGAGGUCCUCCAGGAUCAAGGGGACCAAUGAUUCCACCACUGCUGAGUCUCCCACCUCCUCCCCGGGGCAGAGGCCCAAUUCGGGGAGGCCUAGGCCCCAGGUGUGGCCCAUAUGGUCGUGGUUGGUGGGGAGCCAAUACUGAACCUCCUUUUCCUGGACCAGGCCAUGGGGGUCCUUCCAGGGGAGGCUUUCACAAAGAGCAGAGAAAUCCUCGAAGGCUCAAAAGUUGGUCUCUUAUCAAAAAUACCUGCCCGCCCAAGGAUGGCCCCCAAGUUGUGGAAGACAAAUCCAACCGCCCUGUCUGCCGACACUUUGCCAAAAAGGGCCACUGUCGAUAUGAGGACCUCUGUGCCUUCUACCACCCAGGCGUCAAUGGACCGCCUCUGUGAGACUGUGCCUUCCCAUCGAGACUGGAAGGAGCCCUCUGACCUAGCGGCCAUAUGUUUCCCUGUGGCCCUGUGAUGGCUACUGUGAGGCUGUUCCACCCACCACCCUCAGUCAGUGACACCCACCCCCAUCCGCCACCUCCCCAAUUUGGGGUCCAGAGCUGUGUUUCAUCAUUGAUACCCAGUGUGUGGGCUUUCUUCUGAUCCAGCCUCCAGAGACUCGCCUUCAGGACCCCAUCUUUGCUCCCUUCAACUGCCUCCUGGAUCCUCUUCCCCCUCGCCAACUGACUGCUGAACAGGAAACCUCUUUGGUGCUGUUUCUUGUGCAUCUGUCCACCCAGCCCCCGGUACUGCCCUCGAUUCCUGAGAGCCCUGGAGCAGUUUCCUACCAUUCCCUUCUUCUAGCUGCUUGUUUUAAGUCCUUUUUAUGUGACAGCCCCUACCCCCAAAGUUGCCAGUUGCUCUGUGAAACUCACCAGGUUGACCUGGGGUCAAGUAUGGAUGACUGGUGCAGAGUUACUCCCUGAAAGGCCACUCUCCCUGCUUUUGGAUUUUGUAGUUUCUACGUCAGUAGCAUGAUCCCCACCGCUCUGGUCUGUGAUCACUGUGCUUUGUGAAACUGUGCAUCCCCUCGUACGUAGCCUUUCUCAGUGUCCGUGGCAUCUUUGUGACUUCCCAACACUAGAGUAAGUUUUUCUGCCAAAAUGAGUGAGGCUCUUGGUGCCCUCUAGACUUUCCACACCUCCCAACAUGGGAGAAAUGUGAAACUUUCCACAAGACUGCCUCCCUGGUCUCCCCAUUCUCCUGGUGUCGGUUUUUCUGGGUUUGACACAAGCCCAUGAGAUGUCCUCUGAAGCCUCUGACGGGCUACCCUAUUUGCUCUCCAGCCCACUUUAGUUAGAGUACGUCAUUGUGAGGCGACCAGCCCUUUCGUCUGAAUUCUGUGAAUCUCCACCCGGCCUACCUUUGGGUGGAACCUGGACAGUACUGUCGCCCUCAUCUAAGCUUCUUCCCUACAUCCCUGGCACUGGUUGUUUUCUGUGAAAACGGCAGUGAACAGGUUCGGUUUUGAACUGGCCCUGAGGAAAUGGGUCAGGAGUUGUGUGGGCAAGAUGGAAGGAUGAGAGCCGUUGGAGAACUGAGAAUGAAUUUUUUUUUCUUUUUAACAUUUUUUUAUAUUAGUAAUAAAUGCAGUGGAAACAAGCAUUUUCUUCAAUCCCUGUGUUCCAGUCAUCUCUGGAGGUGCAGAUAAGGCUGUUCUUCUUGUAGUCACUUUAUUCUUCCAUUUGUUCAUACACAGUGGUGAUGGAGAAGGGAAAAGCUUGAGUUUCUUUCAGUCCGAA